AUGCUGCAGUCGCCAUUUACACCUCUCGUUAACUUUCAAAUUUACAGGCCAAAAUUCCAUGAUGCUGCUGAGCGUGAGCAAUGGGAAGCCGAGCAGAAGAUAAUCGAUCGUGAAUGGUAUGACAACGAUGGCGUGUAUGACGAGGAAGUACAACCUCCGUUUGCAAAGCAAUCGAAACCUGUUAUUCCGGUAGUUGACACUACCUGUGACAUGGCCGUCGCUGCAGCCAGAGGAAGCAAAGUUGUUCGACAGUUCCGCGAGUCGGAAGAAAGAAAAAAGGCUCAAGAAAAGCACUGGGAAUUGGCAGGCAGUAAGCUGGGAAAUCUGAUGGGCGUUAAGCAGAAACCCGAUGAAGUAGAAGAUCCUGAUAAAGAUGACGCUAGUGAUUACAGAGUAAGAAUCUCACCAGUUUGCCUCGCACAUGAGCGAAAAAUCGGAGGCCGUGUCCGAUUUGCAAUGGAGAAGACAUUGAGGGUA